AUGGCGAAAAGAAGGCAUAAAAGAACUGCUACUAAGCCAAAGAUAGAUAACGCUCCCAAGAAGGACACCACUAUCAUCAAGAUGCCGAGGAACCGUCGACAGAGAGGCAACAAGGCCAACAACAACAAAGAUGCUCAAAAGCAGACUGAACCAGUCAAGCCUGCUCCCGGCGAUUGCAUCACCAAAUACGGGUCUAAAGAGGCCCGCAGAGCUCUGGAGGAGCGUGGCUAUCACCCUCUGGUUACCAAGAAGGGCAUGGAGGUGAUCAAGCUUGAGAUGCUUGAGAAAUGCGAGGACGCCAUAUCUAAACCUACCAGGGACGAUUUCAUGGCAGGCAUGCUCCCUCGAUUUCGUGGAAUUUACGCAAACACCAAUAUGCUCAUCACUGAUACUGGGUCCAAGUCAUCGCUGGCUGAGAAUGAGACCUCGGAGCCUAUCAGUUCCCGUCUCCGAUUGUUUGACGGGAGACAACCACCCGGCCAGCUUCUUGGCGAGCUACUCGCAUCCCAAGGAAUCAAGCGACUUCAGUUAUUUGCCGUUGCUGACCCGAAAGGAUUCAACGCCAUGUCUCAAGGAAUCUCUAUCUGGGACUUUGCCACGAGUGGCUUUCACGGCAAGCCGUGUGGCCACGUCUUCUUAUGCCUUACACCACAUCGUUCCCAGAUGACCUCUGAACAGUCGGUCGCCAUCAGUGAACUGGAACGCCAAUCCCGGGCACAGGUCUGCCGUCUCAUCGCCAGUGUGCGACACAACUGCGGCUCAACAGAGCCUUACUGGGUACAUGAAAAUUGGAGAGACGAGGAGGAGUUGCGAACAGAAGCCAAAGACGACAGACCUGAGGUAAAAUGCGAAUCAGCUAAAUGGGGCAGAACUUUGGUCAGGAUGAUUCAGUCUCUCCCCAACACCAAUGAUUUUUGGAGAAAGAUUGAAAAGGUUGUUGAUCCCCUGCCUGACAUGCACUACUACAUGUCCAAGCAAGUUGCUGCCAAGUGCGUUUUCGAUCUUUUGCGCUCAAUUUUUGCGCGGACAAGUCUCCUCCGGGUCCUUCACUUUCACAGAACUCCCCUUCUGGACCGACGAUUGAUUGCCAUCAUUCUCCGGGCAUGUCCUUAUGUGACGAUGAUUGGCAUAUAUGAGUGUCCCUUGAUCCAUUUUGGAGACAUCAUUUGUCUGCUUGAUCUCAUCCACGAGGUUAACCUCGAGCGAGAUAAACAGGGCCUGCCACGGGUGGAAUCGUUUGAUUUCUAUCCCAGGUACCAUGCCGGGAUGCCUUACACCAGCCGCGAUAUUGAUGAGAAUUGCACCUACGGUCUGUUAUGGAAACACCAAAAUAACAAUGUCGUUCAGCGCGGUGUCUUGGCAAUCCUCCUGCAUGCCGUGUUAAAGUCUCGCAGGAUGGGGUUAGGCCUUUUGAUGGAUCAUGAUGCGGCUUUCAUGAACUACCUCUCUAACGUCCCCUUGUUCCCGCGGAUAGUACUCAACUUCCUUGAUGGACUCUAUCGCUACCUCGAUGUGCAGAAAGCUGACCCAGGCAACUGCAACGCACUGAAACAGGCGCUUUACGAUAUGUCGAAGGCGAUACGUAUUGGCCUUGAGCCCCUCGACAAGGAUUGGCCCAACUACUACAUGAAGCAAAUGGGCAUCGGACUUGUUUUCUGCUCAUCGUGUGGCUAUGAACUCUUGCCCGAGUUCUACAUCGGAGAAGAGCUCCGACAGCAACCUCAUCAACGUACCUGCUGCGCAUGCUACUUGCAGUUCUGGAUGGACAGGGAGCAAGACCAUCAGAAGAUACCCUCCAGAGACCUCAUGAGCGUUUUCUAUCCAGAUUGGGAACCGAAGGCUUUCAACGUCGACGCUCCUCUACUCCGAGAAGGCCGAGAACUGCUGCGCAUGGGGACUCGCAAGUCCAUUCGCGAUCCCGAGCCUUCGAUACAAAUUUUGCCUGAUGGAGAGCAAUACGUCCCUUCAUUCACAAUCGAGUUUGUCAGAGACAACAAGGAUUAUGAGAAUUCUGUACAGGGCUUGCCUGAUCUGAAGACACUUCUUCUCGAGAAGGGACUUCGAGAGCAGGAGAUGAGUACCGUUGCUCUAUGUGCAGACACUGACAGAACUGUCGCACUCCUCUUGCGGGCUGAGUAUCCCGAGAGAAAGGGUUCCCGUCUCGCGUUCGCUAAAACUCGAAAGGAUGGCGCUGCUCCAGACCACCAUGAUGAGAGUCAAGGAUUAGCCCCGACUCGCAAUAAAAUGCGCAACGGAGGAAUUCAUAUCACCUACGGAUGGUACCAAGCCACCCGGGAUGGUGUUGAAAUGGAUCGGGAGGGUCAUUGA